UUUCUAUGUUGGUGUUUCUUUCUCUGAAACUCUUGGCUUGAAACUGGUGAUUACUUCAAUUUUGAACCUUUUCUUUCUGCAUUGUGAUAAUUAUUGGAUUUUGAAGUGCAAAUGCUAUCUAAAGUUGUUUGAUUCUCCUUUGAACUCACUGGCUGAAGAAGAGGAUGACACAUCAAAGACUCCUUCUCAGAAAAAGAAAAUGAAGAAGCAGAGGAAGGUGGAACGAGCUAAGAAAGCAGAGGAGAAAAAUGAAGAAUCAAGUUCUAGUGGCAUCUCUAAGUGUGGGAAACGACAUGUUAAACCUACAGAGUAUCCCUUGUCAGAAGCAACGAAGUACUUGAAGUUGCUUCAGAAGAACUCACCUGAUUCUUUGGAGACGCACUUACUUUCUGUUGAAGUAAAUAUGAGAAAGCAGAAGAUUUUGCUUGCCUUUCAGAUUAAAUUUUUCCAUAAAUUGGGCUCAAUGCCUGCUCCAUUAACUGAUGCUGAAAAACUUGUUUGGAGUGUCUUAGAAGCUGAGCGUCCAUCCAUCAGUCAAUUGCAGGAGAAAACUCUUAGUGAGGCGAACAAAGUUUUCCUUGGUAAACAUGAAGAAUCUUUGAUGCAUAUAGUGGCAGUUGCAGAAAUGUUAUAUACCUUGGAGCAGACCAAGAAACUUGAGGCUGUUAAGUAGAGAAUUAGUUGGUGGAGGACAAAUUGGAAUGUGUGAGGAAUUUGGAGACCUUAUGAAGAGGAUACCACUUGAUUUACUGCAAGGAAACAAAUUUCGUAAAGCGGCAAUUGAUUGCAUUAAGCCUCUUCUAGCCUUUAUAUCCAGAGUCGGAUACUGAAACAUGUUGGUGAUUUGGUAGCUGUGGCUUCAUUGACAGAUGAAGCUAGGUGUAUGGAUCUUGCAGAUCGCUAUGUAAACAGUUAAUCUGUGAAGCGAAUGUUGCAGUCUGAUCAGGUGGCUUUGGCAGGAAAAACUGCUGUUUUGUUCACGAAAGAUGGGGGCCAGCACAACAACCUUCAUGACAUGCAGUGCAUGUGGUAUGAACUUGCUUCUGAUGAAAGUUACUUUCGACAUGGUGAUUUUGGACGGGCCCUGGAGAAAUUUAUAGCUGUGGAGAAGCACUAUGCUGAUAUUACUGAAGAUCAAUUUGAUUUCCAUUCUUAUUGUUUGCGGAAAAUGGCACCACGUGCAUAUGUUGGAAAGCUAAAAUUUAAAGAUUGGUUGCAUUCACAUGCUUAUUUUCACAAAGUAGCAGCUGGAGCCAUUAGGAGCUGACCUCAACCUCUGGACCUUGUGAUCCUUUAUGUUGAGUUGAUGAAGCUAGCUCGUUAGAUUUCGAAGUUACUUACCAGCCAAAGACUAAUUUGUUGAAAACUAUUGGUGUUUUCACAGCAGCUUUAACAGGGACUGUGGCAAUUAACCUAUCAUGGGUUACCAACAUCCAGGCAUAUUGAAAUUUGAGAUUGUGGCUUUUUAAAUGAUAGGAAGGCGGCACCUGGGAUUUCUGUUGGGUUAAGGAUGGAGAAUUGCAUGUUACCGUACCAGAAUUUAUUUGUUGAUUAUAUAGCUUUUUAUAUUGAUCUUAUUGAUUUGAUGGUGAAAUGGAAUGGGAUGAUAUAGUGACAGGCCAUGCAACAAUUAAGUAAUAGUUUUUGUGAUUGAUCCAUUGUCCCAUUUCUAUGUUGGUGUUUCUUUCUCUGAAACUCUUGGCUUGAAACUGGUGAUUACUUCAAUUUUGAACCUUUUCUUUCUGCAUUGUGAUAAUUAUUGGAUUUUGAAGUGCAAAUGCUAUCUAAAGUUGUUUGAUUCUCCUUUGAACUCACUGGCUGAAGAAGAGGAUGACACAUCAAAGACUCCUUCUCAGAAAAAGAAAAUGAAGAAGCAGAGGAAGGUGGAACGAGCUAAGAAAGUAUAUCAGCUUGUUUUGGUGAUUCUUGGCUAACACUCUCUUUGAUGAUUUCAUUCUGAUGCCGUGUAUUAUUUUAAGAGGCAGAGGAGAAAAAUGAAGAAUCAAGUUCUAGUGGCAUCUCUAAGUGUGGGAAACGACAUGUUAAACCUGUAGAUCCUUAUCCUUUUGGAGAAAAAUUAUUGAAG